GGCUUUCCGUCUGUUGUCAUGGAGACUGUGACGCUAUGCAGGAUUAUUCAGAUUGGCUUUAGCUAGCUCUUGCUGUUGUGGCUGUUUGGGCGUUAAUGUCCACAAAACAUUAAGAGUUGUGGCGUAAAGAUAAUGGCGGCGGCGUUAGAUGCUCUCUGGGAAGACAGAGAUGUUAGAUUUGACAUUACUGCGCAACAGAUGAAAACCCGUCCAGGAGAAGUGUUGAUCGAUUGUCUGGACUCAAUUGAAGAUACGAAAGGAAAUAACGGAGAACGAGGACGGCUCUUGGUGACAAACUUGAGAAUCAUUUGGCACUCUUCGGCUCUGCCAAGAGUCAACUUGUCUGUUGGUUAUAACACUAUUAUUAACAUCACAACAAGGACCGCAAACUCUAAACUGAGGGGUCAUACUGAAGCACUCUACAUCUUAACAAAGUCCAACAACACAAGAUUUGAGUUCAUUUUUACCAACCUGGUUCUCGGAAGUCCUAGGCUCUUUACCUCUGUCAUUGCUGUACACAGGGCUUAUGAGACCUCUAAGAUGUACCGAGACCUCAAACUGCGAGCUGCUCUUAUUCAAAACAAGCAGCUUCGACUCUUGCCUCAGGAGCAAGUAUAUGAUAAAAUCAAUGGGGUUUGGAAUCUCUCCAGUGAUCAGGGUAACCUGGGAACCUUCUUUAUCACCAAUGUUCGGAUUGUGUGGCAUGCCAACAUGAACGAGAGUUUCAACGUCAGCAUUCCUUACCUACAGAUUUGGUCGAUCCGAAUAAGAGACUCAAAGUUUGGCCUGGCUCUGGUUAUUGAAAGUUCCCGACAGAGUGGAGGAUAUGUGCUUGGGUUUAAAAUUGAUCCGGUGGAGAAGCUGCAAGACGCUCUCAAAGAAAUCAACUCUUUGCAUAAAGUUUACUCUACAAACCCAAUCUUUGGAGUGGAUUAUGAAAUGGAGGAAAAGCCCCAGCCGCUGGAAGAACUGACUGUGGAACAGCCUCCUGAUGACGUGGAAAUAGAGCCCGAUGAACAGACCGAUGCGUUCACUGCCUACUUUGCUGAUGGGCAUAAGCAACAAGACCGUGAAGCAGUUUUCUCUGAUGAGCUUGGCCUCGCCAUUGAGAAGCUAAAGGAGGGCUUUACACUUCAGGGGCUGUGGGAAGUCAUAGGCUAAAACAACAUGAAACAUCUGCAUUCUCUAUGUACAGACAAGUGUGCAUUUAUUUAUUGUUUAUAGGCCAACAUUAAAGUUGCAUAGAUCAUUUAUAGAUGCUUUGUUUAAAGACAAGGUACCAAAUUUCAUAUCUGGUAAAAAACA